AUGGCUAUUUUACAUAGAGCUCUAUUUACGUGGUUUAUUUUCUUAGUAUUUUUAAUACUACUAUGUCUAAGACUAGAAUCGAGGACUCACUGGAAUUGGUUUAUUGUUUUCAUACCGAUGUGGGUUUAUGAUAGUAUUUUAUUAAUUUACGUGUUAUUCCAUAUGAUUUCACACUGUAGGAAUGGUAUAGAAAGAUUUAGAGGGACUAUAAACAAAAAUGUGUGGUACAUAGCUGCAAUAGGUUUAAAAAUGGCAGCACAAAUUAUCAUAUGCAUCAAAUUAGAAUACACUAGAGUAAACCUGCCAAUAUACGUUGUUAUGACUCCUAUUUGGAUGUUAUUACCGGUGCUUUGUGUGGAAGUUUUCAUGCAUUUGAUAAAACACUCAAGUGGAAGCAGUAGGUACUAA